UUUCGAAGCGCAAAAGGAAAAAAAAAUAAUUCAAAAAUAUAAAAAAGAAAACGAGCAGAAAUUAUCAUUCCUGGAGAGAAGAAGAAGCAGGCGGCGAUGAAGCCAGUCGGCAGUACCAAAUCGAGCAUCGACGACGACGGCGACGGCGACGGGGAAGACCGCGCGACCGCGAUGGACGCGGACGUCAACUUGAAGGAGGAGGACGAUCGGCAGCUCGCGGCGGACGAAGAAAUGCCGGUCGCCGACUGCGGCGGGGGCGGCGGCGGCGGCGGUGGCGGAGCAGCCGGGAGCAGGGUGAGGGGGCCGUGGUCGCCGGAGGAGGACGCGGUGCUGACUGGACUCGUGGCUAAGUUCGGGGCGAGGAAUUGGAGCUUGAUCGCGCGCGGCAUCCCCGGGCGCUCCGGCAAGUCGUGCCGGCUCCGAUGGUGUAAUCAGCUCGAUCCUAGCGUCAAGCGCAAGCCGUUCACUGAUGAGGAGGACCUUAUCAUAAUUAAAGCCCAUGCUAUGCACGGAAACAAAUGGGCAGCUAUAGCAAAGCUCCUGCCUGGUAGAACAGAUAAUGCAAUCAAGAAUCAUUGGAAUUCUACAUUAAGGCGCAAGGGUAUAUGGCUUGGGAGGUCCAAAACCAGACAUACAGAUAUGAUGGAGGAGAGCUGGCCUGUGGAAACCAAUGCAUCUUCGGAAGAGACCCUGUCUGCAGGGGAUAGUCAAUCAAACAGGCCACGAGAUGGAACAGAGAUUGCCGUCGAGAAUGGACUGAAGCAGAAUGAAACCGAAGCACAAAGAAUGGAUGGUCUUUCUGUUGCUGAAAAAACACAGAACACAGUUUCUCGUCCACAGCCACGGGUCAGCGCAUUUAGGAUUUACAAACCAGAAAAAAGCUCCUCAACUGGCUCAGGAUUUUCAAAGGAAAUCCAUGCUCAAGGACCUUCGAUGUUGACCUUUAAAACAGAGCUUGGGGUCCACAAUUUUCUUGAUGAUGUUCAUAGCGAUCCUAAGAUACCUCCGCAUUGUGGCUAUGGUUGCUGUGCUUCUCCUACGGGUUUCCAUUCCAAAAGUUCGUUGUUAGGGCCUGACUUUGUUGACUAUGAGGAACCUCCCUCCUAUUCAACCCUAGACCUGAUGUCUGUGGCCCUAGACUUGAACAAUACUGCCUGGAUUAAGACCGGCCUCGUCAAUGGUGGCUCUCAAAUACCGGAGACAGGUGAAUUCCGGAGAUUGCGAGACACUAAUUCAUCAUACUUGGGUUUAUUUGAGCCGAAUAAAAAGACUGAGCAUACGUGCUUCCAGGAGGGAAAGAACAAGUUGCCAUGAGACGGACAUUGCUAACCAGAUGUGAGCCAGUCUUUUGCUGUGCCAUCCAAGGUUAAUAGUUUAAGCUGACAUUCAGUCUUCCUUUAUCUUUUGGUAGUAUGAUAUGGGGAGGAAGAUGAGAUUUUGAAUGGACGAGCUCCAUAUUUGCCUACCUGAGGUUUGAUGCAUAAAAUCCGGGAAUCUUGUUUUGUCAAUAGAUUAUCUAGAAUGGCUUUUCAUCAGUUAUAAACAUGGAGAUAUAUGUGUUUUACUUCAGAGGAUGUACAUGAAUCGGGUAAAUUACAUCAAAGGAAUGACGUGCAGUUAUCUUAGUCGACAGAAUGGUUUUUGUGCUUGAUUCAUGAUUAUUUCAUGUCCAAGAUUGGUUUGUUCAUCUA